AUGUCGCAAGCUCAGAAAGAACAGGCCGACAAACGAAAGGCAGAAGAAGAGCGUAUCGAGCGCGAGAGGGCCAGCGGAAAUAAACUCUGGAGCGCGUACAUCACCGAGGCGGAGAGCUACGAUAAAGGUCUCAUCGACGGCUGGCGCAGCGAGAUGGAUGGUAUGCUGAUCUUUGUGCGUCUCCGACCGUUCUCGAUCCUGGACACUCUGAAUGUAACUCGUCAGGCCGGUCUUUUCUCGGGCGUUAUCACGACAUUCAUCAUUGACAGUUACAAGACAUUGAACGCCGAUUCGGGCAGCCAGACCGUCGUGCUGCUCAGCCAAACGGUCGCACUCCUCGGCCAGAUUUCGCAACAACUUGCGCACAUGAACAACGGGACUGCAAUGGCGGAAGCCCUCCCUCCCGCUCCUGCCUUCUCGCCCCCAGUCUCAGCUCUCGUCUGCAAUGUACUCUGGUUCACCAGCCUCGCACUCAGCUUGUCGAGCGCACUCGUCGCGACUCUGGUCAAGCAGUGGGCGCAGGAGUACCAGCACCGCACAUCAAUGUUCUCGUCUCCCUCUGUUCGCGCGCGCGUGUACAUGUAUCUUUACUACGGCUUACGACGCUUCAAUAUGCAUGCCGUUGUUGGCGUUCCCCCGCUUCUUCUGCACGCUUCACUACUCCUGUUCUUUGCGGGUCUCGUUGCCUUUCUCGUGCCCGUCAACGUCAUUAUCACGGGCAUCUCCUCCGCUCUGCUGCUCCUCUUCGUUGUGGUCUAUGCGACGUUCACUGCACAUCCGCUGUUUUUCCUCGACAGUCCGUACCAGACACCACUCACACGGAUCCUCUGGUCGCUGAAUCAGAGCUUGGGACGUGUGCUGAGGGCUUACAUUCAGAGGGUAGCGGAUAUUUGCAGGGCCUUCAUCCGAACCAAAGUCGCUGUGCCCGACCCCGAGAAAGCCGCCGAAUCUCCUGUGACGAGCCCUGGUGUCUCUGACGAGGUUUAUGCACCGGCAGAAUCUUGUCUGCAGUCCCCAAGCAUGAUUGUGGCAGUGAAAUCAGCCGCACUCCAUCCUGCUGUUGAAACGGAGAUCCGGGCUCUCACGUGGACCGUCCGGUCUCUGUCUGAUGACGAUGAUCUCGAGCGAUUGGUCGAGGGGCUCCCCGCACUGUGGGAUUUCGAUCAAAAUCAGCCUCGUCACGUGUAUGAGGCGCAUUUCCGCAGCUUAUUGGGAAACCCGGAAACCCAUGUCUGCCAGCGUCUCGGCGAUUUCAUGGUUGGCUCCACAAGCAAUCUGCUUGAGGACAAAGUCCGCCUCCGCCGCCAGCUCUCUAUACUCCAGGCCAUCUGGGCUAUCUGCGCGUUCUCCCUUCACACGGGGUCACCUCUGCAAAAUCCAAUCGGAGAAGUUGACGUGGACAACGCGUUGCUCAGCUCAAAGUUUCAUGCUUCCCCUCACGUGCAGAGCAUGCUUUCCGCCGUGUGCGCUUUGAUUCGUCUGAACGUCAUCGCGUCUCGGAGCCGGGAGCGGGGCUCCACACAGCCGAGCAACUCUGACGCCGAAACGGAGAGGCAACAGCACGCAGACAUGCAUCGAACAUACAGAGAUUAUCUGAAGGCACUUUCCAAAUGCGCUGCCAGCUUCCAACGGGAUGCGACCAUUUCAUUCAUCAAUCCGCCACAAAUGCGCUUCACAGAAGUGGACGGCUACAAAACUCUGCAUCGGGCUCUCGAUCAGCUGAUCGAAUCUGCGCUGAAGAAGGCAGCAGACGAGACUGCGGAGAAUGUCGUCUUUGCUGCUCGCCAGAUGAUCAGCCAGUUUGCCCAGACAUCAGAUUAUCUGUAUCUGACACUGCCGGGCCUAGGGCCAUUCCUUGUCCGACAUCUGCCCCUCGCCGACUCCGACCCAAAAUUCGACUCAAAGCAUCAUUACACCCGAUUCCUGUGCCACAGUCUAUGCCGGAGCUUGAAGUACCGACUCGAUCGCCAGCCAUCUGUCGACGCCCUCCAGCUGAUUUAUCGGAAUCUGCUUGCGUCUGAUAAGCCACCAAAAGAACUCGAAACCCAUCUGUUGGUCCUGCGCACUCUGCGAACUGAAGCAGCCGACAUCCGCACGCACCGUUUGGCUGCCAUCGUCCAGUUCGUCGUGCUCAAAAGUUGCAAGAAGGAUUUGUCGAAAUGGGAGCAAUUGCUAAGUAUCUUCGACGACAAGGACUGGUUCCGCUCCGUGAUUGGCCUGGACAACGACAAACAGACGGAGCGGCCAUCGGCGCAGCAAGUUUUCGACUGUGCACUUGUUGGUGUUGUAACCACUUUUCUCGAGUGUGCCACCCGCAGUCCGGAUCAAACAGAGCGCGACCUGGACUUUGCGACGCUCAAAUCGGUACCCUACGCAGGCAUGUUCACUUCUUCGGUGAUCCCGACUGAAAUGCAACGUCGAUUCGCCGACGCCGCCGCUGGAUUUAUCCGCGAAUAUCCGAAGGAUUGUCUUGCAGAUUGGGAUGGGAUCUACUGGGUGCUUGACUGGGCCGUUGAUGUGGCCUACGGGUGGGUCAAGAAUUUGGAUGCAUUGGGCGUCCUGGACACGGCUGUGUCGCAGGUGCAGACAGACGAUCAUAAGAAAGAACACCGGGACAACGCUGCGACGAUCCGCGGAUACAUGCAGGAGCGGCUUCUUCUGCCCGAGGACAUUUUCCCGCCUUUGUCUGACUGGUAA